GGAUUUCCCUUCCCUUCCCCCCCCCCCCCCAAACUCCUCCGCCCUUCCCCGACAAAGGCAGCUCCGCCCGCGCGCUGGGGGGGCCGCACCCCCACCCUGGGGGGGGCCCGUGGGUCCCCCCCCCCCCACUCGGGACAGUGUCCCACACGCUCGGGGUGUCCCCGUGCCGGGGGGGGUGGGGGUGUGGGGGUGUGUGUCCCCCCCCCGCCCCGGCCAUGUGCGGGAUGUCAGGGGCCGCGGAAGGAGCGUGACGGGGCGAUGGCGGUGCCGGGUUGGAAGCUGCAGCUGCUGGAACGGCGCCGGCGGGAGGAGGAAGCGGCUCGACGGCGCGAGCGGGAGCAGCGGGACCGGGCGGCCCAGUUGCCCCCUUGGAAGCGAGAGCUGCUGGAACGGCGUCGAGCCAAAGCGGGGGCGGCCGCGGGGGGGGUCCCCGACGGGGGGUCGCUGGCGUUGGCGCCGGGGCUGAGCCGGAGCGCCGAGGGGUUGGAGCGCUGCGGGGAGAGCGAACCCCCCCGGGGUCGCGUCAGUCGCCUGCUCAGCCGCUUCGCCCAGCGACCCCCUGCCCGCUCGCUCAGCACCGAGGGGCUCCCCGAGAGCCCCCCCGAGACGUCCCCCAACCGCCAUCGUACCUCGGGGGACGAGGGGUGCGAGGGGCAGGGGGGCGCGGAGGGGCAGCAGGGGGUCGAGAGCCACGGGGUGGUCAAGGGACACGGGUUGGCCACCGGCCCGGGCACGGUUGAGGGUCUGGGGGCAACCAAGGGCGUGGGGGCAGUUGAGGGACAGGGGACAGUUGAGGGACAGCAGGCGGCCGAGACCCACAGGACGCCCAAGGGCCACGCGUUGGCCACCAGCCCGGGGCCGGUUGAUGGUUUGGGGUCAACCAAAGGCGUGGGGACGGCCGAGGGCCAGGGGACGGCUGAGGGACAGCAGAUGGCCGAGACCCACAGGACGGUCAAGGGCCACAUGUUGGCCACCAGCCCGGGGACGGCCGAGGGUCUGGGGACAACCAAGGACCUGGGGAUGGCCAAGGCGCGGGGGUCAGUCAAGGGUGUGGAGGGACAGGGGGUGGCUGAGGGCCACAGGUUGGCCAUCAGCCCGGGGACGGUGGAGGGACAGGGGACAACCAAGGACCUGGGGACGGUUGAGACACGGGGGACAGUCAAGGGCCUUGGGACGGUCAAGGGAUGGGGCGUAGCCAAGGGUGCGGGGACGGCCGAGGGACAGGGGACGGUGGAGGGCUGUAGGACGGUCAAGGGUCAUGGGUUGGCCACCAGCCCGGGGACAGCUGAAGGUCUGGGGACAACCAAGGACCUGGAGACGGUUGAGGGACGGGGGACAACCAAGGGCUUGGGGACGGUUGAGGGACAAGGGACUGUCGAGGGCUGUAGGACGGCCAAGGGCCACGCGUUGACCACCAGCCCAGGGACGACCGAGGGUCAGGGGACAACCAAGGACCUGGGGACAGUUGAGGGCCAGGGGACGGCUGAGGGACAGCAGGCGGCCGAGACCCACAGGACGCCCAAGGGCCACGCGUUGGCCACCAGCCCGGGGCCGGUUGACGGUUUGGGGUCAACCAAAGGUGUGGGGACGGCCGAGGGUCCGGGGACCACCACGGACCUGGGGACAGUUGAGGGCCAGGGGACGGUCAAGGGCAUGGUCAAGAGCUGGAAGAUGGUGGAGGGCCGGGGGACGCCAGGGCCGCAGGGGGCGGCGGGUGGCCACGACGGCGCCGGCACGGCCGAGGGCCAAGGCUCAACCAAGGGUUCCGCGCCCACCGCCUCGGCCGUGACGUCGGCGUCGCCCGCCUCGCCCGCCUCGCCCGUGUCGGCCAUGACGCCCGCUCAGGGGCGUGCGGAGGGCGGGGCCGUGGCGGGGCUGGGGGGCGGGGGGGGGGGCAGCGGGCCGGCGGCCAUGCGAGGGGCUCCCCGUCGCGAGCCCGGGCCCCCCCCGGCCCACCCGGCCUUGCAACGCCGUAGCGGUAACACCAUCACGGUGCGACCCCGGCGGGGGGGGACGCCCAACGGUCCCGAGGGCGGGUCCCCAUCAGCCGCUGCCCCCCCGACACCCCCCACCCCCCCGGUUGCUCCCCCGGGGCCCCCCAAGAAGCGAUACCCCACGGCCGAGGAGAUCCAGGUCAUCGGCGGGUACCUGGCCCUGCCCCGCUCCUGCCUGGCCAAGAACGACCCCCACCGCAAGAAGCUGAAGAUUUGGUUCAGCGAGCGGGAGCUGGAGCGCACCUUCUGUUACCCCUCGGAGGGGGCAGCGCUGGCGGCCUGGGGCCCCCCCGAAGAGACACCCCCCACCCCCGCACCCCCCUCGGUCCCCGAUGAGGAUGAGGAUGAAGACGAACCCCCCCCAGUGAGGGGGCUGCCGGGGGGGCUGAGAGCCCGCGCCCUGCUCGUGGAUGAGUCCUGCCGGCGGUAACCCCGGCCCCUGCCCCACACCGGGGGGGGGGGGCGGGGGGAGCCACAAUGGGACCCCCCCACCCCUCCCCUGCUGGCAAGGGGACCCCCCGGACCUGAGGGACCCCCCCAGCGGGGCAGGACAGGGCCAGACACAUGGACAAGGACACCCCCCCCCAAAAAAAACCCCCAUGUGCCCCCGGGGGGGGGGGCACAAGGACACUGUCCCCACCCUGGGGACCCAGCGGCAUUCUGCCCUUCCCCCCUGGGGGUGGGGGGCACCGUGGGGGGAUUUUGGGGUGUCCCAACUCUUCCCUCCCCAUUUUGUAGCUUUUCUAGCAGCGGGGGGGGGGAGGGGGGGCUGAGGUCAAUUAUCCUUAACGAGGUUUUUUUUUAGCCUAAUUAAGGGCUAUUUUUUAGCCAGGGGCGGGGCAACUUUGUCAGUAUUGGGUCAACCGGAGCUGUCCCAGUUAGGAACUGGGCCAGGCCCAGUUAUAACUGGGCCAAGGGGGGGGUGUGUGGGGGUGUAAAGCCGCAGCAGUAUUAGCUGGGGGGGGGGGGGGCAAAGCUUGGGGGGACGGGGCUCGGGGGGCGAGCGGGAGGGGACUUUGUGUGGGGAGGGCGAUGAUGGCGGAGAAGGGGCAGCAGAGGGCGAGGAGGAAGGCCCCAACUGGGCCCAGGGAGGGCAAACGGCUGAGACAGGGCACAGGCGUGAGGAGCGAUGGGCGGGCGGGAGCGGGAGGGAUGGCCGGCCUGGAGGGGAUGGGGGAGACCCCGAGGCGGCCGAGGGGAGACAGAAUGGGGGAGGGUGGAAGAGGCCGAAGGCUGAGGCCUAGUCCUGUUGCCGUGGCAACGAAGCCUGAGGCCUACUAAAGCCUGCGGCCUAUUCCCGUUGCUGUGGCAACGAAGCCCGAGGCCUCCAGAAGCCUGCGGCCUACACCCGUUGCCGUGGCAACGAAGCCUGAGGCCUCCUCUCGUUGGCAUGGCAACGAAGCCCUGGGCCUGCACCGUGGGGAGGGCCAUGCCGCCACUCGGCCACACUGUACCGCGACAAGUGACAAUAAAAAGUGAUGACGGCUGCA